GGAGGAUACAAAGCUCCGUUGGCUGAACAUGGGGAUAUUGGUCGGGGUUCCAGUUACCACUUGGAUUAACGUCUUGAGCAUGUCGUAUAUGUAGCUAGGGACAUGUAUGAUACACGUUUUGAUCCAGCUCUGUCGAUGUGAUUCUCAAGUAUAUUGGCUCACUUUCCAAGGUUUUAAUCAUGACUUCCUGCUGCCAUUCCGCACAAUGGUUAGAGACAGUGGUUUAAAAUGUGCACAUCAUUCCGUGAUACUAAGAAGUGUAAGAAGUCACGCUCAAGUUCAACGACGAAGUUCCAUUAACUGACGCAUGAAAAGACGAUCUGCGUAGCAAUUUUGGGAGAAAGCUGAAUUCCAGACAUGAUAUUUACAAUAUUUAUUCAUUUACCUUCCUGACUAAAAAAGAAAAGAAUGGCGCUGAAAUUCAAGCAGCGCUUUGUGUUCCUGUUUGCCUUUAUGGGAAUGGUGCUGACUGUGCUCGUAACAGCCACAGUCCUACAUGUGACCUUCGAGCAUCGCUUGGACGCUUUGGUCCCCGGGCACCUCACGGCCCACAGAGGGACCCGAGAGUCCUACGAGCAGGACUCCCCCAAUUCUUUAUUAGUCCAAAAGGAGCAACCGGUAGGAAAAUUUGACAGGGGUUACGUGACUAUAGUUCCUACGAAAAAGAUUCCGCACAGCAAUAAAAAGUUAGGUUAUAUUUCACUGAUUAGUGAUGAUCAAGAACAGUAUGUUAGAAGACGUUUAAGCAGCCAUCGAAAAGCUCUACGACGGAGAGGAAAGAAGUUAUUACCAUAUAAAAUACCGAAAGGAUUUUUAAACUUCAUCUUACGACUGUUCUCUUGCACCCUCUCGAUUCUUGCCCGCUGUGCAUUUUACAGGGAGAAACUACCCCCCUGGGUGAUCUUCCAUAACGAAGUCAGUCAGAAUGAGUUGUAUAACGAAGAGGUGUCCGAGAUUGACGAAGUCCUCAAGUCCAUGGCUACCGAAGAAAUAUUUGACUGUGUGUUGCGGUCAGGUGGCACUCAACUCAAAUUGAUUGUUACAUUCCAAGAUGAGGGGCAAGCCAUGAUGAAACCAAUGAGAUUUAGUAGGGAAGUUGACACGUGGCCAAAUCACUUUUAUUUCUCUGAUUUCGAGCGACACACUGCUGAGAUUGCGGCGCAUCAUUUGGACAGGAUAUUGGGCUUCCGGCGAGUUCCACCAUGUGCAGGCAGGGUAUUUAACAUCAGCCAUGAGAUUCAGCGGUUUGCUGAUCGCACGUUUGGGAGGACAUUCUUUAUAUCGCCAGCGGGAAAUUUAUGUUUCCACGGCACCUGUUCCUAUUACUGUGAUACUGGCCACGCAUUCUGUGGGAACCCGGGAAUGAUAGAAGGAUCGUUAUGUGCCUACUUGCCUCACGCCACGGACGCCCCGCGGAAACUUUGGCGGAACCCCUGGAAAAGGUCCUACAGUAAACGGAGGCGGGCCUCUUGGGAGGUCGAUGAUUCUUAUUGCCAUGGUGUGAGGAAAAUGCCCCCUUAUAAUAAGGGAAGGCGGUUACUGGACUUGAUAGAUUUAGCUGUAUUUGAUUUUUUAACAGGGAAUAUGGACCGACACCAUUACGAAACAUUCCAGGCCUUCGGCAAUGAAACAUUUUUAAUCCAUUUCGACCAAGGACGAGCAUUUGGCAAGUCCAUGGUCGAUGAGAUGUCCAUCCUCGCCCCCAUGUACCAGUGCUGUCUUAUACGAAAAUCAACCUUCGAUAAAUUGACGUUUUUGAAUUCUAGCCAAAUUAAACUGAGUCAUCUUAUGCGAAAGUCGUUACUACGUGAUAAAGUUGCGCCGGUUUUAACUGAAGGUCAUUUGCUCGCCCUUGAUAGGAGGGUAGGGAUCAUGAUUGAGAUUAUAUAUGACUGUUUAAUGAAGUAUAGACAUGGGAGCAAGCAUAUACGAGGAGAGGUUAUCGUAGACGACGGACAUUGAUAUUCUUUGCUCUGUUAAUUGAUUGUAAAGGAUAAGAAGGCAGAACUGGAUCAGACAAACUUAUGCUAAUACUACUGCUACUAAUGAUAGCAAGAAUGGCAGUGAAGUCGAAGAAUCAUUUUGGAGAUGUUGAUCUAGCGAUGUUGUGUUGCAGCUUAAGAAGUUGCUUUGAAUAUGCAAUGAAUGUUUCCAGAAGAUCUCAGAACUCUAUAGUUUCGCCUGGAUUUUGUUGGAGUUGCAAUAGAGUAUAAAUUACUCGACGUGAAAUUGUCAUCGCGUGUUUGUUGCAGUAAUGCAGGAUGUCCAUGUCGAGCAUUGUGCAAAAGGAGAUCAUUAGUUGGUGGUCGGGAAAUUACCUUUUUCGCACCCUAAUGUUAUUUUAAGUGUGUGGAAAAGAAAUUGGGCCUUUAUAUGGCUAUAACCGACAAAGUCGAAUUGUCAUCCAGUGAAUUAUUUUUCUAUUAUUUAUUUUAUGGUGCCAAAGGCCAAUAAAGGGAUUGCA